UUAAAACAUCGCCAGUGCGUCGCCGACGGUAGAUCAGAACGAAUCGUGACCGCAGCGCGUUCGAGUGAAUAUCACCAAAGCGAAUCAUUGCAAGUGCGAUCAAGUUGAGUGCAUUCAUCUAAUAAACAAACAACAAUCACACAACAAGAUAAAAUGGAAGGCAGCCGACGUGACAUCCCCAUCAAAAUGGGCGACUUCAGCAUCAUCGACACCGAGUUCAGCAGCAUUCGCGAACGUUUCGACAGCGAGAUGCGGAAGAUGGAGGACGAGAUGAGCAAAUUUAGGCACGAACUGCUCAACAGGGAGCAACAGAACUUCUUCAAAACCUCCACCAGGUCUUACGAAUGCGAGACGCUCUCUGGAGGCAGUAAAAAGUCUAGUACUAGUAGUACCAGCAGCACAACACAACAAUCCACACAGCAGUCCCACGGUGCUGAUUUGACCAGCCCGCGUGUUGGCACCGGUGGCGAGGUGAAAACCUGGCUGGACGACCUCAAUUCGCCGUUGAUUCAGGAGGACGGACAGAGCAAAUGCCUUAAACUGCGUUUCGACGUCAGUCAGUACACACCCGAGGAGAUUGUCGUCAAGACUGUUGAUAACAAACUUCUGGUACAUGCAAAACAUGAAGAGAAAACUGAAUCGAAGUCGGUCUACAGGGAGUACAAUCGUGAAUUCCUGCUGCCUAAGGGUACAAACCCCGAAUCGAUCAAGAGUUCACUCAGCAAGGACGGCGUGCUGACUGUGGAAGCCCCGCUGCCGGCACUCACCGCCGGAGAAACCAUGAUUCCAAUUCAACACUAAGCUUUUAUUUUUAUUACGUACAAACUUGACGGAGCUGAUGAAUUUCUUCUAAUUUAAUUUUGGCCUAAACCUAAACUCACUAAGAAUCACUAUUCUGUUUUCUUUUUCAAAUCGAUUAGAAUCGACAUUUUCGUUACUUAUUGCUUACUCAAUGUGAAAUGUGUUGUGAUACGCAGCUAUAAAUUCGCUAACUCGAAUCGACAAAUUCUGAAACAAAAGAAAAACACUCAAGGAAUGGAAAUCUAAGUUAUACAACCAGCUAUACAGAUAUUUAUAACUAUUUACGUAUUGUAUAGAAGAGAAUAAAUUAUUAUUGUAUAUUAAA